AUGUCUAACCCCAAAAUCGUCCUGUACGCCGAAGCUCUGACCCACAUCAGACAGUUGACUCUCCAUGCUUCCCUCCAAACCGAAAAGAACGAAGGCACCAAGAUUCUCUUGUCUUCGGACAAGAAGAUCAUCACUGCGCUCCACGAUGGGGAAGCAUCCAGCAUCUAUCUACCGACGCAGAUAUCUGGCACUGCUCAUUUCACGUUCCCAGUCGAGAAGAGGACGGAGAUAUCUACUCGACUGCAAAUUGAUGAUGUCAGUCAGCUGGACUCUACAAAAGAGGACGCUGAUGGCGUGGAGGUCCCGUGGUCUGCAGUCAGCCUGCAGGGAAGUGCUUCAUUGCAUUGCAACCAAUGCGAUGUCUGCAUCCUUUCCGCGUCCAAAGCCAUCAGCUGGAAAGACCUGCCCAGUGAGAACUGGGCAGAGCUGAUGGACUUCUGGUUCUGCCACAAGCCACAUGAGAACGGAGCGCCGUCUGGCGAGCAUGCAGCGGAGGCCAAAGGCUUCUCUGCACGGAGUAAGCUCGCUACGAGCCCGGGAGUGGGCUUUGUGGAUAUUGUUUCGUUUCUGUGCUAUGGAGAGGACUGUAUCAACGUCGAGGAAAUCAAGAACCCUCCCAGAGCCCGUGUCACUACUCUUCAAUGUAGCUCAUGCCAAAGCAGGCUGGGCUCGCGUGCAGAAGGGGAAGACAGCUACAGACUCUACAAGUCAAGGUUGACCCUCGUCAGAGAGCCAGGACAGGCCCCGGAGAGAUAUGCCGCCGCCGUUUUCAUCACGGCGCAGCUUCUGUCCUUGAUUGAAAGCUCCGUUUCGCGCAAGGCGGUCGUGCAUGCUGACAGUCCUGGAGAAGCUGAGUCCGAACCUGCAGGUCUUUUGCUCUGGAUAUUUAACCCGGACAUCUAUUACUCCAGCAGCAAACGUGGUCCGACCGCCCAUCGAGCCAUGAAGGUUUUUUACCAGGCCCUUUCGGACCCAGAGAAAUUCCUGGACACCAACGGAACACAGCAUGAAGAGCUUGUUGUGCCCCCAGAAGACUUUGUGGACUUCAAGAAGACCCUGGAAGAGAGCACUGAGAUCCUCCCAUAUUCGGCGCGAACUUUCCAGGAUUGGAAGGUCGGUCUUCUCGACCGAUGGGAGCAGACAGCUAGUGGGUCGGCACGAAUGGACGAAAAUCCAUUGAAUAAGAAAGUCGAAGAAGGUUUCGAGCUGUUCAAGCUGCCCGCUGGAAUGCAAGAGCUCUACCUCUGA